AUGAGGGUGGACAACGUUUGUGGUGUAUGUGGUGCGGCGGAUGAAUCGGAAACUCAUCUCUUCUUUCGCUGUCACCUUAGUCACCUGUUCUGGUACUCAUCAUCGCUUCAGUUAAACUCCCUUGAGCUGGCAGGUGCUGAUUUCCUUUCUAACUGGGAGUCAUUCUGGACUCGGGUCAAGGGGAGGGAUCACGCGGAGGGUAUCAUGCAGGAAUUUGCCUUUGGAUUAUGGAGACUAUGGAAAAACAGGAAUGAGGUGGUCUUCAAUGGUGUGCAUCGGCAGCCUUUGGAGAUCCUGGAUUCCUGGAGAAGGAACAUCGCUGAAUUCAAUGAAGCUACGCUAUGUCAGACUGCGGGAGUCCAGGCUAGGGGACGACCGAGGACAUCUUCGCUGGAACGCGGGGUCUGUCGGUGGGUGAAGCCGGCGUUUGGGACUCUCAAAGUUAACACAGAUGCCUCGUGGUGUGGGAAAUCGUUCCGGACCAGGGUGGGAUGGGUUUGUCGGGAUUUUGCCGGUCUGCUUCAUGGCGCGGGGGGCUCCGGAGCUGAGCUGUACCACUCCGCGGCGGCUGGGGAAGCGGCUGCAAUCAGGACAGCUCUUAUGGCUUGCAUCGACUACGGGUACGAUAAUGUUAUUAUUGAAUCUAAUGCCAAAGUGAUUAUUCAGAUGAUUAGACAUGAACUGGUUUUUGAUUUCAGUCUUGAAUGUAUUCUUGGUGAUAUUGAGGUACUAGCGCGUAGGUUGAGGUCUGUUUCGUUCUCUGCCGUGCCUAGGGAGAGCAAUGUUGCUGCUCACUCGGUUGCUAAGUUUGUGUUUAAGGAGGGUCGUAAAUUUGGGUGGGACUAUAUUGGGCCUGAAUUUUUGUUUAACAUCCUAGCCCAGGAUGUAAAUCUCCCUAUUAGAAUCUAA